GACGCGCUGCAUGCUGGGACAGCCGUUCGCGGUGUUGGCGGUAGCUGCCGCGCCUGGGCGCUGCGCACGGGUCCGCCCCGUCUCUUCCGGCGGAGCGCUUCCGCACACCCGGCAGUGUUUUGGCCUGUCUGUCGUCCCGUAGGAGUGAAGGUUGGCGCUAUGGACGUUAAUCAGCCCAAGCAGGAGCACUUGCUGGCUCUGAAAGUGAUGAGGCUAACCAAACCCACUUUAUUCACUAAUAUUCCUGUGACUUGUGAAGAAAGAGAUUUGCCAGGUAGUCUGUUUAACCAGCUUAUGAAAGAUGAUCCUUCCACUGUAAAGGGAGCAGAAACUUUGAUGCUUGGAGAAAUGCUGACUCUGCCGCAAAAUUUUGGAAAUAUAUUUCUGGGAGAAACGUUUUCCAGUUACAUUAGUGUACACAAUGAUAGUAACCAAGUUGUCAAGGACAUAUUGGUGAAGGCCGAUCUACAGACAAGUUCUCAGCGCUUGAAUCUUUCAGCUUCUAGUGCUGCAGUGGCAGAACUUAAACCUGACUGUUGCAUUGAUGAUGUGAUUCAUCAUGAAGUAAAGGAGAUAGGAACACACAUCUUAGUUUGUGCAGUAAGUUACACUACGCAGACAGGAGAGAAGAUGUACUUCAGAAAGUUCUUCAAAUUUCAGGUCCUUAAACCGCUAGAUGUGAAAACCAAAUUCUACAAUGCUGAGAGUGACCUCAGUUCUGUGACAGAUGAAGUGUUUUUGGAAGCUCAGAUUCAGAAUAUCACUACGUCUCCAAUGUUUAUGGAGAAGGUUUCUUUAGAGCCAUCUAUGAUGUACAGUGUUGCAGAACUGAACACAGUUGACACAGCGGGAGAAAGUGAGUCUACUUUUGGCUCAAGGACUUACUUACAACCUAUGGAUACACGUCAGUACUUAUACUGCCUAAAACCAAAGCAAGAAUUUGCAGAGAAAGCUGGAGUAAUAAAAGGUGUGACAGUGAUUGGCAAAUUAGACAUUGUAUGGAAAACUAAUCUGGGUGAACGAGGAAGGCUGCAAACUAGCCAGCUUCAAAGAAUGGCUCCUGGUUAUGGUGAUGUAAGGCUUUCUUUGGAGACAAUACCAGACACUGUAAAUUUGGAAGAACCUUUUGACAUUACAUGUAAAAUAACAAACUGCAGUGAAAGGACUAUGGACCUGGUUUUAGAAAUGUGCAAUACUAAUUCCAUCCACUGGUGUGGAGUUUCAGGAAGGCAACUUGGAAAGCUGCACCCAAGUUCAUCUCUCCAUCUUGCACUUACAUUGUUGUCAUCAGUGCAGGGAUUGCAGAGUGUCUCUGGCUUAAGACUUACAGACACAUUUUUGAAGAGAACGUAUGAAUACGAUGAUAUUGCACAAGUCUGUGUAGUUUCUGCAGAAGUCUAACAAAGCUGAAGUAAAAAAAACCUUCUGUAUUUCUGCUGUGUUUUUAUCUUUUUUAUUUAGGACCAAUUUCAUGAUGUUUUGGCACCCAGAUCACAUGAAAAUCUGUAAAAACAAAACCCACCCCCCUAUAUAGUUGAAAACAUAAUUAUGCUUAUUUAAUUUCUCUGAGUAUUUUUUUUACUGUUUUAAAAUCUCUUCUAAAAGAUGCAUACAUGUUAUUUCCUGAAAGUAAAGCUUUUAAAUAAAGUGUAGCUCUAGCAAAUUACAUGGCAUUAACAUUACCUUGGGGCAAGGGGCUGAGAUUGUUAGGAAAUUGUAGCAGCUUUGCACUAUUUUUUUGUUAUUUUUCAAAUAUUUAAUCAGUUUAAAAACUGUGGGUUUUGACAAAACUGCCACAGUUUGAAGGAACUGAUCUUUUACAGACAAGUUCCUGUAAUCCAACCCCCUAAAAAAUGUCUCAGAAUACCUGGUGUGGCUGUGUAUUUAUGUGGUAUAUGAGCAGCCAAAAGAACUAUACAGUGUGAUACGGGAAUUGGACAAGAAAGUGCAUCUGCCACUGUUGAGACAUUGGCAGGUAGGAAGGGGAGCAUCAGCCAAAUACAUGUUCUGGUUGUGGCCUAGUCUUUAGAAAGAAGCAAUACAGCAAAUCUGACCCAGCAAUACAGGGCAUGCUGUGAACAAGCAUGUUACUUCCCAACCAGUAGGAAACUGAAAAAUAAAAUACCAGAACUCAGAAUACUUUUUUUUAUUGUUAAACUAAGGCAGUGCAAAUUAUGUUUUUAGGAAGAUGAGGAUAAAAAUCCUAAUGGCUGCCCUAGUUCGGAUUUUCCAAGGAAUAAAUGCGGGAAGGGAAUUCAGGACUUUGUUAAACACUGAAAUGUACUUUCCCCUAACUUUAUUGUGACAAAAGAUGGAAAUAUUUUUGGCUGAAAUUUCUAAGUCACCUAAAGGUAGCCAUUUAAUACAGAAAUUGGACUGGCUCUCUAACUAGUUUAGUUUGUGUUAAAGAUUUUAUUCAGUGACUUGUCAUGUUUCUCAGCUACCACAGUGGCACUUGGCAACCUUAGUUUUGAAAAUAUUGUACCAAAGAUUCAGAAUUAGAUCCUGAAAUAUUGGAUGAAUUUAGGAUCAACUUACUAAAUUGAGGGAAUGAGUCCAUACUGGGAAAAACUCAAACUAUUUCCUGCACAUCUAAUAAAAUUCAGACACACCAAUAUAGCUAUUGCAUUUAAAGAAUGCAAUUCACCUGUUACUCUAGAUGCAUGAACAGUGAACAAUAAACCCACAACUAUCCAGUCAAAAAAUGUAAAUAACUUUAUUUAUAAUCUAUUUUCAACUUAAACUGACACAAGUUGAACAAGACAUAAUCACAUGGUGAUAAGAGGUGGGAGAGGUACAGAAAUGGUAGGCAAGUUGCAUUUUACCAGUAUGACUUUCUGUAGCCCUUGGAACAGUGCAUGAAUCCAAAACUGCAGAGCCAGUGCUUUCUCAGUAUGCAUGAGUGAUUUUUACUCUCUACUUGUUACAAAACCAAAACUGUAACUGAAACAAUUUCUAAGCUGAAUAUUUCAUUAGAUGUCAUUAUGAUCAGGCAUAGUUACAAGAGUAUACUUCCAUGCAAGCAUAUUACAGUUUACAAUUUGAGUACAAAACCUUUUCUUCUCUAAUAAUUAUUACACUUAUAUGCUGAUAGAAUAGUAAUGAUAUAAAUCCAGUUUAGUGUUAAGUGCACAUUUUCUGAGUUGAAUGAUAAAUUGCAACUGACCUUGAAACAGUGUUUCUGGGGACUGUGGUUUACCACGUGAUCUAGCAGGAUGAAAAAUUUUCGUGCAAAAUAAAGUGCAGUUAUUACACAGGAAAAGAUUCCUUCCCCACCCUGUGAUUUAGACAUACUGCAUGACCGUGAAACAAUCUAACCUAUUCAAGGCAAAAUAGUCUCUAGCAUAAAUGAACCUUCUGUUCCCAGUUUCAAUGGCAAAGCAUGUUAAUGAGAGCUCCUGUUAUUGGUUUUGCUGUUUUCAUUUAGGCUAUAAAGCCCUUUCUGUUAACACACAAGAAACAAAGAUUGUUUACAAGUAUUGUGCCAGUUGAAGCACAUUCCUAUGUAGCACACAGUUAGCUAAUAGCUAUGUAACUAUAUAGCCCGUAAUUAGCUAAUGCCAUCAAUGUUUUAAUACUCUGGUUACAUAUUAUCUGUAUUGGAGUAAAACCUAAAUGACAAUAUUGUAGUGUGCUAAAUGGAAGUUACCACUCUAAUACUUUCAAGAGUAGUUUUCAGAUUAACUAACCAAUGCUUAACUCUCUUUAAACCUGGGAAUAACUCUCCUACAAAUCCAAUAAGCUGUAGGUCAAGUACAACUUCUACAGCCAGUCUUAGCACAUUUUGUAGUUCUUAGGGAACUUUCAAGAGGUUCUUGACAUUCUUUCUGUCUUAAGGUAGAAAGAUGAGUGUGAGAGAUACUGCAUUGCUGUCCAGUCCACUCUGGAUUUAUUUGUUCUUGUAAAACUCACUUUGAGCAGUUGAACACACAGAACAAAUUACUAAAAGGAGCUGUGAAGUUCAACAGGAGAUAGGCUAAGAGCAAUGCUUCUUUCCUGACACAACAUGCUAUUCUGAGAAAUGUUUGUGCAGUAGUUGUAGCCCACCUACAGCCUCCAUUGAUAUUUGUUGUAAAUGGUAUCUUGUCCUGUAAAAUGUAACUGAACUUAACCAGCAGUUUCCUUCAGUUGAUUAUAUUCAGGAUCUGAACUACCUCUGAAAAAGGAUCCUGUUAGGAGUUUUAUUCUUUGUCAUCAGGUGUUAAGUCAGAAGUUGCUGCUUGGAAAUGCAUUUUAAUGUAAAGAGUAUCUCUACACUCUACAGCCUCAAAGAGACAGCUACACAAAAUUAAUAUAUAGAUUUUCAAAAGCAUUUAAGUGCUGUACAUAGGAAUUGAAUAAAGUAUGAAAUGUC